UGUUUUUUAUAAUGGUAAGGCUGUGUAUCUUAGUAACCCAGUAAACACACACAGCAGCAGCAGCAGGAUUACAGACUUCAGGAGAACACGGACUGAAGGGAAAAGAAAUAAAAGAAGAGGUGAUGGAGGUUUCUGAGGAAGUGAAGGGGCGUGCGUCCAUCUCUCAGAGCGCACCAAACAAACCCUCAUUCCUGAGUCCGGCUCAGUUCAUCACCGACCUCAGCAGAGUGACCAGCAGAGGCAGCACUCGCUUCGGCUUUCUCAGCCACAACUCCUUCUUCUCCAGACACAACCCCCACCCCCACCGAGUCACACACAUCUCAGGUCUGAAUGGUAGUCCUGUGUGUGCGGUGAAUGAUGACUGGUUCGCCAACACGCCGCUCUGCCCACAUCCGCUCAUCAAGAGCCAGCUACCAGCUUCUGGAAACCAGCCCCACCCCAUCAGCUACACCCCAGCCAGUGGAGCCAGCGGAUCCCGGCAUGGCACAGCACUGCUAUCAGAAGCGUGGCAGGAAGAGCUGAAGGACCUGGCAACCAAAGUCAGCCUCUCUGCUGCAGGUCCGAGUCGAGGAGAUGAUGGCGAGAGAUCUAGAGAUGAGGAUCCCCCUCGUAGGAAGACUCAGUACUCGGCUCAGACAGGCCGGAUCAUCCCUUCAUCCUCUUGGGGCACAAAACGCAGAGAUACUGCAACUGGACACAGACGCCCAGCCACACACAGAUCACAGCCUACCAGCCUGGAUGGACAGGAACUCAGGGUGUUGGAGUUGCUGUGUCAGAUCCUGCAGACUGAUUCAUUAUCUCUGGUACAGCAGUGGCUGUUGCUGGCUGGAGACAGAGAGAAGGAACUGGUUCUGGGGCUGCUUCAGCAGGCUAUGAUUGAUUCUCCCAGUGUCUCCCAGCAGCAGCUUCCCUUCACAGCUCCUCCUGAACCGAGAACCCAUAACCCCUCCACAGCAUCCUCCCGCCGCAAGCGCAGGCUCAAGAGGUUAUCUUCUGCUCAGGAGUUGCUGGAAGAGCAGCCAGCGCAUAUUGGAGAUGCUGAAGUCCUGCAGGUUCGUCCACUUGAAGAUCAGAACGUCAAUGAAGAUUUAACCUUUCAGCGUGAACACAGCCGCUAAAAACACACACACACACACACUCAGGGAUUAAGCUGGGUUUUUUUAAUCUUACUAUAUACAGUGGUAUGAGAAAUGUUGGGCACCUCUGAUAAUUUCAUGAUUUUCCUUAACAAUCAUUGGUUGUUCAGAUCAGUAAUUUCAGUUAAAUAUAUCAUAUAUAAAUACCUUCAGCACUAAUGAUUGGAACACAACAUUUGUUUGGUAUUCUCAUUGACUCUUGAUCUAUAUACAUAGGUGAAUCCAAUUAUGAGAAAGGGUUAAGGAGCCAAUUGCAAGUUUUUCUUCUCUUUGCAUCUUCUCUGAAGAGUGGCAACACAACUCUCAAAUGACCUGAAAACAAAGAUGGUUCAACAUCAUGGUUUAGAGGAAACAUACAAAAAGCUCAGAUCUCAGAGAUUUCAGCUGUCAGUUUCCACUGUGAGGAACAUAGUGAGGAAAUGGAAGAACCACAGGAACAGUUCUAGUUAAGGCCUGAAGUGGCAGAACAAGAAAAAUCUCAGAUAAUCAGAGGAGAAGGAUAAUGAGAACAGUCAUAGUCAACUCACAGAGCUGUUCCAAAGACCUACAUCAUCAUCUUGCUGCAGAUGGAGUCACUGUGCAUCGUUCAGCUAUUCAGCACACUUUACACAAGGAGAGGCUGUAUGGGAGAGAAAUGUAGAAGAAGCCUUUUCUGUGCACACAAACGCGCCACAAACAGAGUCACUUGAGGUAUGCUAAAGCUAAAGCACAUUUAAACAAGUCAGCUUCAUUUCGGAAUAUGUUGCUGUGUGUGGACUGAUGAAACUAAAAAUGAAUUAUUUGGAGGGCGGUUAUUUAUGCAUGGAGAAAAAAGAACAGAGCAUUGCAACACAAACACUUUACUGCUCCCCUACAGUAAAAUUUGGUGGUGGUUCAUCAUGCUGUGUGAUCAGUGCAGGUACUGGGAAUCUUGUUAAAGUUGAGGGUCGCAUGGAUUUCAGUCAAUAUCAGCAGAUUCUUCAGAACAAUGUUCAAGAAUCAGUGAGAAAGUUGAAGUUAAAGCGCUGGGGCUGCAUACUUCAACAAGACAACGACCCUAAACACUAAACACUGCUCUAAAUCUACUAAAGCAUUCAUGCAGAGGAACAAGUACAACGUUAUAAAAUGAUCAUCUCAGUCCCCAGACCUGAAUAUUAUUGAAAAUCUGUGGUGUGAUUUAAAGUGAGCUGUUCAUGAUCAGAAGCUAUAAAACCUGACUGAACUGGAGAUGUUUUAUAAAGAAGAAUGAUCCAAAAUACCUUCAACCAGAAAUCAGACUCUCAUUGGAAGCUAUAGGAAGUGUUUAGAGGCUGCUAUUUCUGCAAAAGGAGGAUCUACUAAAUAAUGAUGUUUUUUUUUUGUUAGGGUGACCAAAUUUAUGCACCUGCGUAAGUUUGUAUAUAGAAUUAUUGCACACUUUGUUUAAAUCCUAUUUUGUUUAAAUCCUAUUAAAUCCAACUUCAUUUUACUUCUCAAAUAUAACUGUGUUUAUCUGCUAUAUGAUAUAUUGAAAAUGCUGAUCCAAACUUCCAAUGAUUUAUAAAGGAAAAUCAUGAAAAUGAUUAGGGGUGCCCUAUGCAGCUAAAAAACACUAUUUAUAUAGAUACAGUACUAUAGAUCAUAGAAAAUUAUUGGGACAACUGCUUGCAUUGUUUCUCUCAAAAUCAGAUGAAUUAUACAAAAAAUAUGGUGUCAGUAGGUCUAUGUUUAUUAAUCUGCUUCAGAUAGUCCUAUUCUUUUGGCAUUACUUUUCCACACAGACUAGACAAGAUGUGUGUAUGCAUUUGCACAUCUGUGUUAUUCUACUUUGCUUGACUAUAUACAUUAAUUUUGAACACACACUGGCAGUUGACUUUUGUCAGUUUUGUUAUACAUAUUAUUUGAUUAAGAUUAUAGUACAGUAUAAUCUCCACUGUAAUCACUAUGAUUAUUAUGAUUUAUGUGAUAUUUAGGUAGAUGCAUCUUAUAAGAGAGGCCAGGUGGCACCUUGCUGUUUUAAAUAAAGCGUAUCAGUCAUUUCCA